CACACUUUUCAAAGUCUCACAGACUGUUCCGCCAGUUCAGUGUGUUUGAUCAGAAGUUAAAAGCUGUUUUUGUCUUUCAAUCAUGGCAGAAAGUAUGAUUGGCAUUGUGCUUGAUGUGUCCAACUCUAUGGAGAGUGCAUACGCGUUGGAUGGAUCUCAUGAUGCUAGUGUAGAGCGAACUCAUGCUAUACUCACAACUAUCAUCAACAUUCUGAAGAGAGAAGCCGUUCAUCAUAAACGGCAGGAAUCUGUUUUCGCUUCUAUUUUUGGAUUGCGCAAAUCUGUUGGAACAUGUGAUCUUUUUGCUAUGCUGGAGCAUUUGAAAAGAGUUAGAGAGGAAGGAGACAUAGACAUACCAGAGGAUGGAUACGAAGCAAUAAGUGAUCUAGCGACAAAGCAUGGAGCCCCGCAUGCAAUAGAAUGGAUUAGAGAACAGCUGUCUAGGGAGGAAGCAGCAACGCUCUAUAGAGGUUUGCGUUUUGAUCCAGACUUGAUACCAAAGAUGAUACGCUUACUUCCGUCAGAAUUAACGAGAAAAGCGGUAGAUGGUGGAUCACAGACUCUCUCUACUGUAACAGAUACAAUGAAGCGUUUGCCUUCAGGAACGUUGCAAUCAUGGGUGAACAAUAUAGAAAAGAAGGUAUCCAAGGCAUACCAGGAUAGAGCACAGAGUUCAAAACCUUACGUUAAAGCCACGGGAAUCAUUGAAGAUUUUAAUUCUGGCAAACUAGUAGAAGAUGUACUACGAUGCAUGGAACAUCCCAAGGCAAGACCUGUACAAGAGGUUUCUACAUUACUGGAUGAUCUACUUCAAGUCGAGCUUCCAUCUGCAUCUUCCUCAUCUUUACAUGAUCGAAUUCGUGAACUCCUGAAGCCUAUCAAGCCAUACAUUUUAGGUUUAACUCCAAUGUGCAAGGCACUGAAGCAUGCUACAGACGUGUUUAGAAAGACUACAAGAACUCGAGUUUUGUUUAUUCUUUCAGAUGGAGAUUCAACUGAUGGAGAUCCACAUGAGAUUGCUCAAGAACUUCACCAGUUAGAUGUGAUCAUAGUCACAUGUUUUCUAACAUCAAAUCACAUAGACAAUCCUAGACGUUUGUUGUAUAAAGCCGAUCCUAAGUGGAGAGGUCGAAAUGGCAGACAAGUAUUGUUUGAAAUGAGUUCAACUAUGAAGAAUACUCAUACCCCAAUAUCAUAUCUUAUCGAUGCAAAUUGGGAACUUCCCUCAGCAGGCGAAAGUCGUUUGUUCGUUCAAGCCAAUAGUUUGGAUGUGGUUAAUGAGUUUUGUGAAAUUGUAGUUUCACAGAUGACUCAACCCUGUGAUGCUCUAGUUCAUCUUCUUGAAAGGAUUAAUCUUGCUACAUACAUCAACCAAACAAAUGCUAAAUUUAAACCCAAACAACAACGUAAAGGUACAUGUUAUGCAAAUGCAAUUGCAGCUGUGUUUCACUUGGCUAUGAGUCGAAUUGUUGGUCGAGAAGGAGGCAUUCCAGACUUUCGUAAGAUACGUGAUUGCAUAAUAGAGAAAUAUGACGUUGAAGGUGCCACCACUGUAAAGGUUCUCGAAAGCAUUUGUCCAGUUUAUCGAUUACACUUUCGUGAAGUAGAUGAAACUGGUGCAAGGCAGGCAAUCAACAAAAGGCGACCUGUUGUAGCCAGAUUUACCAUAUCUCUAGGUCAGCGCCGUAAAUUUUCAGAAUUUUAUAGAAUGGAAAAAAAAGGGAUUCUAAGAAAGCAAAAUGUUACAGAUAGAAUCUUUGCUGAUCCACAAGGACAUGCUGUAGUGUUGACAGGGUGUGAUUCAGACUGUUUGACGUUUAUGAACUCUUGGGGUCAUGAGUUUGCAGACGGAGGAUUUUUUCGAGUUGAGGAUCAAAAUGUGCUACAUCAAACAACAUUCUAUGACAUCUACUGGAUUGAAGCUGAUCUGACACAAAGUGAGAAAGAUGUCUACGAAAGGAAAGGUAUUGAAAGAAGCAGAGAACUUUUACACACUUAUCACAGUUUGGAGGAAUUGACCCACGAGUGCCCCAAAUGCUCUAGGACCAGUAACAUCGGAGAGUUCUAUGGUCACGUGCUUGAAGCUAAGUGUCCAAUAUGUCACAAAAAAUUUAAGCCUACAAACAGCGACAUUAUCGAGAGUUUGUACAGAAGGGCACGUAACUUGUGAAAUUGCAUGCUUGUUUGACUGUCACAUUUCCAGGAUUAUUGUUUUUGUAUGUAUGCAGUUGACUGUUUGAUGUAUUGUAGUAUGUCUAGUUAUGAAUUCAUGUCAUUAUAACACAUACCUGGGCUGUGUGUCAGCAAUAUUUUAAUUGAGACAUUGAUAUUAAUUAAUAUGUAAACAGUUGACCUUGCUUAAAGUUUUAAAAAGUCUUGGACUUUGCAUUUUAAUAAAUGCUAUAUUAUAAUAUAAUAUGCAUAACAUUUUA